AUGCCGCCGCGUAAGAGAGUUGUUCGCACUCAGGCCGCUAGUGCUCCUCGAGAGGGUGGAAAUGAGCAUGUGCCGCCACUAGUUCCACCGAUUGAUCAGGAUGCCCUUAGGCAGAUGGUGCAGGAUGCUGCCAGACAGGCCGCACAGGAGGCAGUUCAGCAAGCUGUCCAGGAGGCUGCUAGAGUAGCUGCACAGGAAGUGGUUAGGCAGAUGGCUGCAGCUCAGCAGGGUCAGCAGUUUCCACCAGUUCAGGCUCAGGGGCAUCAGCAGCCCCCUAUUCAGCUGGUUCCACCAGUUCAGGUUCAGGGACAGCAGCAACCCCCUAUCCAGCAUGUUCCAGGGAUUUUCCAGGUUCCACCACCAGCACCACGCGUUCUUCCAGGGCAAGUUCCUGAGGUUGUGCCACCCGUUCUUCCAGGGCAGGUUCCUGAGGUUGAUGAGACGCUUAUGCGGGAGGUUCUUAGAUGGUAUGCGAGUCGAUCUCCGCGGCAGGUGCAGUAUGGUUACUUACACCAGUUGGAGGAUUUGGUAGAGAAGGCUGUUGUGCAGGAGGCAUGUAUUGCAGAGGAGCAAAAAUACUCUAAGGCUCCACCCAAGACUGGAAGAACUACAGAACCACAGAAGAGGACAUGGGACCAGUCAAACAUCCAGUGCUACAAUUGUGGAAAGAUGGGGCAUUUGAGUAGGAAUUGUCGGAGUAAUCCAAUGGGUGCACGGGCAGGACCAGCAGCACCAGCAGCACAGACAGCACCAGUAGCACAGGGAGUGCAGGCAGCACCAGCUGCAGCAUACGCACCAGGAGCUUGCUUCACUUGUGGCCAGUUUGGCAAUAUCUCUAGGUUUUGCCCGACUAAAGGGCCUGGGGCCAAGCGUCAAGCCAUCACUCCGCGUGUUUAUGCUCUAGGAGAGGCCAAUGGAGCUGAGACGAUAGCCGGAUCGGUUUCUGUUGGAGGUAAGGGAGCUCACACUCUAUUCGACGCGGGAGCUUCUCACAGCUUCGUGAGUUCGCGUUUGGCUAAGUCUUGGCCUUUUCGAGGUGUCUUUGAGCCAAAGGCUAAGCAGAUUCGGACGGUCGGUACAGAGAAAUUGGGAACCACCGGCGUUCACCGAGAUGUACCAGUUCUACUGGGAGGAGCUGACUUCAUAGGAGACCUAGCAGAGAUGGAGAUGGAUUACUACGAUGUCAUACUUGGGAUGGAUUGGUUGUCACGGCAUCGAGUGGUGAUAGAUUGCAUGCGAGCGAAAGUUAAUAUUCCUAGAGGAGAUGGGAAGAUCACAUUCCAGUGUCUCCAGGUUUAA